AUGUCGACGUCAAACAGCCCACGAACUAUCACCCUCGCCUCGCGCGCCUCUCAGCUCGCGCAGAUUCAGACCAACAUCGUUCGCGACGCGCUGUCGGCGAAGUUCCCCGCGCAGCCCUUUGAAACCUCCUUCAUGUCCACUGGGGGCGACCAGAAUCAGUUGCAGGCCCUGUACCUGAUCGGGGGCAAGGCGCUGUGGACGAAGGAGCUCGAGGUCGCACUGAAGGAGAACACGGUGGACAUGCUCGUGCACUGCUGCAAGGACGUGCCCACGGUCUUGCCGGAUGGGUGUGAGAUCGCUGGGGUGCUUGAGCGCGAGGAUCCGGUUGAUUCGUUUAUCGUGCGGACGGGGGAGAACUGGAAGACGUUGGAGGACUUGCCCGAGGGGAGUGUGGUCGGCACGGGCAGUGCGCGGCGGGUCGCGCAGUUAAAGAGGAAGUUCCCGAAGUUGGUGUUCAAGGAUGUCCGAGGCAAUGUGGACACGCGCUUGGUGAAGCUCGACGCCCCCGACUCCCCCUACGUAGCUAUCAUACUCGCCAAGGCAGGCAUGGUCCGCCUAGGCCGGGGCGAACGCAUCACGUCCGACCUUGGCCCCCCGACGCUCCUGCACGCCGUCUCCCAGGGUGCACUUGCAAUCGAGAUCUGCGCCGACGACGAACACGCGCGCGCCCUCUGCUGCUCCAUCACACACUGGCCAACAGAGUGGAGGUGCCGCGCGGAGCGUGCACUCCUUCGUGUGAUGCAGUGUGCCUACCCCAGCAGCGGGGACAGGGAGGGCGAGCACCAGGCGAGGUUGUCGAUCACGGGAAGCGUGACGAGCCUGCAGGGCGAUCGGCACGUCGAACACUCGAUUCAAGCAGAGGUGAGGAGCGUCGAGGAGGCGGAAGCGGUCGGGGCUCGGCUUGCGAAGGUGCUCAUUGACACGGGUGUGAAGGAGAUUCUAGAUGAGAUCAGCGAGGUUAGGGAGAAGAUCGAGCUUGCGAAGACGACUGAAAUUUGGCACGUAGAAAAGAAGUUGCGGCACGCUGUGAAUAUAGAGGUAUCUCCAUGUUCUCUGACUGCCCAUUUCUUGGAACGUGUACGUGCGGUGACAAAGUUGAUCGCAACCCAGAACGAGCUAGUGUACAGCCUCAGCUGGCACGUCUACGCCUCUGGGCUAGGACAAUUGGAUCCACAUGAGCUCGAGGAGCACGGCACUGGAUGUAAUAUGUUGCAAAUAUCGCCUGGACCAACUGACCACGCGCCUAUAUUAGGUUAUAGGGUGAAUUCGAGCUACCACACUGCUGGUGGCUACGUUCAGCAUCCUUGGCACGAGGAGGAUAGUACCCGGAUACUCGUGCUCAUCGCCUUCCCGGAGCACAAUAUGUGGCGUGCCUCGAGGCGCACUUCAUCGACUUCGUGCCAAUCAUCUUCGUCCUCAGCAUGA